CCGGCUCACAAAGCCCGGGGGCCGGCGGGCUCCGUGGCGUGUCGCGGCGCGAUGGGGCUGGCGGCGGCGCGGGGCUGGGCGCUGUCCCCGCUGUCCCCGCUGUCCCCGGGCCCGGCGGAGCGCAGCCGGCCCUACGCUGUGCUGCAGCACCAGAACCUGGUGCUGCUGGGCAGCAUCCUCAGCGCUCUCCUGCUCACCAUCAUCCUCAUGGCCAUCUGUGUCUACCGGCCCGUCCGGCGGCGGUAGCGGAGCGGGACCCGCCGGGGCAUCGAGAGAAUGCUGCAUCCCGCCCGGUUAUCCCAGCUGGCAUCCAUCAUCCCAGCUCCGCUUCAGUCCUGCCGGUCCUCCCGUGUGGUACCCGCCGUCCCGGCACUGCUCCGGUCCCAGCAGGUUCUCCCAUCCGUGCCACCACCGCUCCGGUCCCCACCGUCCUGCCGCCGCUCCCGUCAGCUGCUGGGGAUGCCCUGAGGAUGCGAGUGCGGCUUUUCACCCAUCUCUGCCCGUGCUCUAUCACAUGGCUCCAUCGUGAUAUGGCUUCCAGCAGUGGUCUGGCCGGGUGCUGGAAAUCACCCCCUUCCUCAGCAAACAGACUCCUGGAGCUCCUGGGGCGUGUCCGCAGCGAACCCGCCUGGCUCGGAGCAGGGUCUGAGCAGCGCGCCUGCCUCCCAAAUCCCGGCGUUUUGGCGAGGCUGAUCCGACCCCGUGUGCUCGAGAGCAUCCCCGGGGCGUGCAGGGAGCCAGGCCUGGGCUGGCACAAGAACAGGGCGAGACGGGGGACAUUGUCCGAGGAGCAGCUCCACGUGCUCAGUCACACCGCGUCUACUUUUUGCUUUCUGAUUAAUUCAGGUCCUUCUUUGAACGCUGAGCCCUGGGUUGGAUGGGGCUUGGAGCAAACCUGGGGUAGUGGGGGGUGUCCCUGUCAGGGCAGGGGGUAGAACAGGAUGAGCUUUAAGGUCCCGUUCAAAAAUACUCCAAAGGUAAAAGCUCAGUGACCCAGCCAGCAGUGGGUGAAGGGUCUGGGCCGUUCUUACCUCUGAGCAGAAACACUGAAGCAUGACCAGAUCCUGCUGUAGUUUUCCCAAGCCAGGCUUCUCAUUCCCAACGUUAUUUGCUUUAACUCCUGGCUAAAACGCCCCAAAUAACCUCCCAUCAAACCAGCCCUGCUGAACCUGUUGGGAACUGGGGUGCAGGUGAGGGAUUCCAGCAUGUGCUGGUCACUGUCCUCCUGGCAACAGGAGCCUCCAAAGGUCUGCAAGCCAGGCAGAUGCUCUGGAAGAGUUUGAGCUCCAGCCAGACCCGUUUUAUGCAGUUUCAGUAACGAGUGUUUACACUGAAUCCCACUUCCAUACGAAUGCUGCUAUUUUGUUUUGCACUGCUACAAGUAGUAACUGGAUUUUACUAAUUAUUACUUUGAUAUUUAACAUAGGGGUGUUUUGCUUAGUAAUUUAUUUAGAGUUUUAAAAUGUAACUUCCAGAACAAUUGUUGUUGACCUGUUCUCAAGCCGUUGUGCUGCAUCUGAGGUGUUUUCUGUUCUGUUUCAAGGACAUCGAGUGCUGGCAUUGAACAGGGAUUUUCUUUGUUUUGAGAAAUGACAAGAGUGAGCCUGGCCUCGAACAGAUGGAGCUGUUAAUCCAAGAGUGAGGCAGCAAGGCAGCACUGUUCUUUCUGUUGCUUUCUGCUCCUCCUUUUGCUCACCGAUUCCUGUGUUUCUGAUUUUUCUCGGUCCUUCAUCGCUGUGAAGCCUGGCCUGCAGCCUGUGCUGCUUGUGGGGGUGGAUGGUGAAGCUCCCAGCCCCAGCUCUGCAUUCCCAGGAGCAAAAUUCCUGUUUGCUCUCAUUCCUCACUCCCUGCUAUGCCUCUUUGUACAAAUAAAACGCUCAGUAAACAAUCCAGGCUCUUA